CCACCUCGCCUUCCCGGAACGAAAUGGCAGUGGCGUCCCACUGAGGACUGAGCCAGCCAGACUCCACCGCCGCAGCGUUUUUCCCCGUCGCGCCGCCGUCGCAAUGGCUACGGCCAUAGCAGCCUCCGCGUUCCCCUCCUCCGCCUUCGCCGGCAACAGGGCGCUCCCCCGCCAGCGACGAGCGGCGAGGCCCGCGCCCCGCCGCGCCGCCGCGGGAGGCCUGUCGGUGCGGUGCGAGCAGAGCGAGAAGCAGAAGAGGCAGCCGCUCUCCGCGCUCGUCCCCCGCGAGCAGCGAUUCAUGUUCGAAGGCGAUGAGCUCUGCGGCCCUGACAUAUGGAACACAACAUGGUACCCUAAGGCUGCAGAUCAUGUAACUACUGAGAAGACAUGGUACGUUGUUGAUGCAACUGACAAGAUCCUAGGUAGGCUCGCAUCCACCAUUGCAGUACAUAUCAGAGGAAAGAAUGAGGCCACAUACACCCCCAGUGUGGACAUGGGGGCUUUUGUUGUUGUGGUAAAUGCAGAGAAGGUUGCUGUUUCUGGUAAAAAGCGGACACAGAAGCUCUACAGGAGGCACUCUGGACGGCCUGGUGGAAUGAAAGAAGAAACUUUUGAUCAGCUUCAGAAAAGGAUACCGGAGAGAAUUAUUGAACAUGCAGUACGUGGCAUGCUUCCCAAAGGCAGGCUGGGAAGAAGACUGUUUACCCACCUCAAGGUGUACAAGGGACCAGGACAUCCCCACGAGGCUCAAAAACCUGUUCCACUGCCUAUCGCGGAUAAAAGAAUACAAAAGACUGAUAAGUAGAGAAUUGCCGUGGAGAUUCAGAUGGAUACAACAACCCCACGUAAAUUCCUCCCCACAGGAUUUUAUCCAAUCUUAGGGAUCUGAUGCAUCUGUCUGUAUGGGGAACGGAGUGUACAUUUUUAUUUUUAUUUUUGUAAUUUACUUAUUCCGAAUGUUUGGUCUUUCUUCGCCAUAGUUCUUCCUGAUUGCAUAUCAUGUACUUACUGUACGAUUUGAAGCAAUCUAAUAUUUCCAUAUUCAAUUGAGUAGUGCAA